CUUGUUAAUCUUACUGUUACUCUACAUGAAGGAUGUGCAUCAGUUAAACACGUGUGUCUGAGGAAAAGUGAUUUUCCUUAUUGAUAUUGUGUAAUUAAGUGCUGUCGAUUAUAAAUAAUACUGUAGUAGUUAUUGGACAAACAUAUUUCAGAAUGGAUGCAUUACUAAAUGAUACACGAUUUGCCUUCAUUGCAAAAGAUCCUAAAUUUAAAAGGAUUCCGAAGACAGAACGGAAAGUAAAAAUAGAUAAAAGAUUUCAGGGCAUGUUUAAGGAUAAAAAAUUUGCUGUUCAAUAUACCAUUGACAAGCGAGGCAGACCUAUAAGUCAAACAUCAUCAGAGAAUCUAAAGAAAUAUUAUGACUUAUCUAGCAGUGAUGAAGAAGAAGAAGAAGAAGAAGAAGAAGUAGAAAAAGAAAUAAAUAAAACUGCUUUGGUUAAAAAGAAAGAGAAAGCUGAAAAGGAAAAAUCUAAAAAGAAAAAGAAUAAAAACAAAAGUCUUCAGAACCUAAAAUCAAAAGAUAUCAACUAUGAAAAGAAUGAUAUGAACAACAAAGAUGCAGAUGAGAAUAGUGAUUCAUCGGAUAAUUGUUAUUCAAGUAAUGGAGAAUUACUUAGAAUUAAGCCAAAAGAAUCUGUUAAAGAUUCUGAAGAAUCCAAAGAAUCUGAAAGUGAAUCUGAAUCUGAAUCUAAUGAUGAAAGCAUAUCAAAUGAAAAUACCUUAAAAGCAGACUUGGAAGAAAGUAAAAAACAAUUGUAUAUUAAAAAGGAGAACGAAUCCAACAAACUCUCAGAUAAAGUUAAAAAUAAAUUGAGAGAUUUAAGUGUAAACUAUGCUAGGGGUGAAGGAGUUUUAAUGACAGAUAGUUCUUCUGAUGAUGAUGAUGAAGAUGAUGAUGAUGCAGAGAUUUCAGAUGAAGAAGAAAUUGAGCAUAAAUGGGGUGAAUUAGACAAAGAAGCUGAUACAACAGAUGAUAUUACACACAGAUUAGCGGUAUGUAAUAUGGACUGGGAUAGAAUACGUGCUGUAGAUUUAAUGGUCUUAUUCAAUUCAUUUCUACCAAGUGGAGGUAUUAUUCACUCAGUUAAGAUUUAUCCAUCAGAGUUUGGUUUGCAACGUAUGAAAGAAGAAGAGAUUACUGGCCCAAAGGAAUUAAUAGAAGAGAAUAAGAAAAAAGAUUUUGAUGAUGAAAAUGAAGAUGAAGAAGGAUCAGCAUAUCACAUGGAAAAAUUAAGGCAGUAUCAAUUAAAUAGAUUAAAGUAUUAUUAUGCAGUUGUUGAGUUCGAUUCAGCUGAAACAGCAAAUAAAAUUUACAUGGAGUGUGAUGGUACAGAAUAUGAAUCUACAGCAACAAAGUUGGACCUCAGAUUUAUAUCGGAUGAUACAGAAUUUGAUCAGACUCCUAAAGAAGUUUGCAAUGAAAUGCCACAACUUUCCAAGUAUGAACCAAGGCAGUUUACUACAACAGCUUUACAGCAGGUUAAAGUAGAGUUAACAUGGGAUGAAACCAAUCCAGAAAGGAUGGAGAUUGCACAGAAAUUAAAUUCUGGAAAACUAGAUAAUAUUAAUGAAAAAGAUUUGCACGCUUAUUUAGCUACCGAUUCGAGUGACGAAGAAGAAGAAGACGUGGAAAAGAAGGAGGAAGUCCCAGAAGAUCAAAAAGACUCUGAUACGGAGACAAAUGCUGAUCCCAUUGAAAAGUAUAAAGCUCUGCUAAGAGAAAUAGAAGAAAAGGAGGAAGCAAAGCAAAAUAAAGAGGUUGAACUAGAAUUCACGUGGGGGUUAGGAACCAAAGAGAAGGCAGAAAAACUAGUAAAGGAGAAAAUGAAGAAAACUGAAAACCUAACGCCAUUUGAACAGUACUUAGAGAAACGUAAAGAGAAAAAGAAAGCUAAAAAGCAAGAGCGAAAGAAACGCAGAGAUAAAGAUGCGUCUUCAAAUUCUGAAGGGCUUGAUUCGGAUGCUAGUGAAAGCGACGGUCAAGCUGCAAACAAUAAAUCAUCAUCGUACGGAAAGAAGAAAAUGGAAAAUAGUAAUGUAUCUUUAUCGGAAGAUAGUGACAAUGAUGAGAAGCGUAAAGCCGAAUUGGAACUUCUUUUAAUGGAUGAAGAUCAAAGCGAUGGUAAACAACAUUUUAAUAUGAAGAAAAUUGAAGAAAAUGCCACGAUGUCGAAAUCUAAACAAAAGCGACUCAGCAAAAAGAAAAAUGGUCAGAAUCAAGUAAAGGAGGACAAUUUUGAAGUGAAUGUACAAGAUCCGAGAUUCAAUGCAUUGUUCACAUCGCAUCAUUAUAAUAUUGAUCCAGCAGAUCCACAUUAUAGAAAAACUAAGGGUACCGAAGCUUUAAUCAAAGAAAAACUGAAAAGGAGAGCAGAUGAUGAUCCUAUGGACGAAAGUGAUGCCAAGUCUCAGAAAACAAACCGGAACACGGAUUUACAAGUAUUAGUUAGAACCAUAAAGAGGAAUGCAAAGAAUAUUUCACGACCAAUAAAAUGACUUCCUUUGCAUAUAGUUUUUAAAUUGAAAAUAAUUUUAAAAUAUUUCUAAUUACCAACAAAUAUUCUGCGAUACAUUUGUAAAUACAAAUACAAGUUUGUAAACAUGAGUGGUUGAAGUUUGUUUAUUUGACUGAAGUUUAUACAUAAUUGUUAU